AUGCCGCUUAGUCAUUUUGGAUGUUCUGACCGUCUCAAUUGGCAUUAUACUCAGGAUGGGAUAUAUUCGGUGAAGUCUGGAUAUUUGGUUGCCCAAGAAAUGAACAUGAAUGGGGAGCUCGGGCGUAGGGGUCAAUCAAGCUGCGAUGCCACUAAGGAUACAAUUUGGGGGUUCCCCCUAAGUUACGCCAUUUUAUCUGGAAGGGGUGUAAAUGUCCUAGUAGUUCAGAAUAUUUUAAGGAGACGGGGGAUUCGAUUAGAGACUUACUGUCCUUUAUGUGAGGACGAGGACGAAACACAAGUGCAUUUAUUUUUCAGGUGUCCGUUCGCACGUGUGUUUUGGUUCAGCUCCCGGCUGCAACUGGACGUGGGGACGGUGGAGGGUGGUGACUUUUUGCAGUGUUGGAAAGGAUUGUGUAAUAAAUAUGGUGGGGAGAAGGAGUCGGACCAGCUUUUGCGGUGGAUAGUAUGUGGACUAUGGAGGAUAUGGAAAUGCCGGAAUAGUGCAGUUUUUGAGAAAGUGGUUUGUGAACCGCGUGUUGCGUUGGACCUUUUGCAUCAGCAAUGGAGGGAGAUAAAGGACAGUAGGUGGGACAAUGAGCAGCACCAUUGCAGACAGCAGGUGGUCGAGGGAGAGACGCAUAGGAGGUGGGUGAAGCCUCCUUUUUGCACUAUUAAGUUUGAUGGCGGAAGCGAAAGCAAUGAGAUUGGCACUGAUGGCUUGUGCGGAAAAGGGAUUCGAGUUUGUUUAGUUGGAGACGGAUUCGAAGGUCUUGGUGGAGAUGCUAAAUGGAGUCUUGGCUCCGGAGGCAGCAAUGGAGGGUAUCCUAUGGGAUAUUCACCAUAUUCGACAACCAUUGAGUUCUGUUGA